UGGUUCCUUCCUUCUGCGGCCUGCCUAUAGCUUGUAGCUAUACUAGUCAAUGACCGUUCUCACUUUCAAAUUGUCUAUAUGGUCCCACUAGUGCGAGCUUUAGAUGUUUCAGAAACCUCGCGAUGCAGUGGAGCCGCUACAUACGCAACGGAGCUAGAUAGUAGCUGGGUCAUUGGAAUUCCUCAAGGAGGUUAUUCAUUGGGGCAGAUAGUAGAAGCUUGCACUCGAUUUCAAUCGGAGACAGCACAUAAAGAUCCAAUCCACGUUACCGCCCAUUUUCUUCGUGCGACGAAUGUUGGGCCUGCGGAAGUGCGCGUCAGCGUCCAAAAGAUAGGGAAGAAUUUCACCAAUCUUUCAGCGGACCUCGUCCAGGGGGGGGACAUCAGACUAUUAUCCCACCUUAUCUUUGGUGAUCUUACUCCCGUGCCGGGCGGUAUUCCUCGCAGUUUAGCGCCACCAUCACCAUACGCUCGGCGUCUACCCCUGCACAAUCAUCCUUCUGCGGCGGUCCGAGAUGGGAUGAGGCGUGCCUGGAAGUUCCAUUCACUUCUGGAUUGGUCCAUAGACCGCAGCAUCCUGUCGCGGAAUGCUAUGCGCAGCCAGACCCGAGCUGAUACCGAGAUCAUAGGCGGAGGAGGAGUCGAGUGGGGUGCAUGGUGUGAGCUAACCAGAACAGAAGAUGAAAUCAAGCCUUCGUCUAUCCCAUUUUUUGGGGACAUGUUCCGCAACCUCCCUUCCCUCUUACCUGACUCAGAGCCAGCUAGUCAAGGAACAUCAGAUUGUUGGUUUCCGACCGUGACCAUGACCGUCGAAUUCAAGGCUCGUAUCCCCUCAUCGCAGGAUUACGCUUCUCGAACGGUUGGAUUAUACAGCGAAUCACGAUUUUUGACUGAUCCUCAUGGAAGACACAAUGCUCACGUUGAAGUUUGGACUGCCCCCUCUGCAAUUGGCCAGGGUAAUUUAGAAGCUGGUUGGAGGGACAAGCAGUACUGCAUUGCAGUCGUUGACCAAAUGGCUCUCACCGUGUCUAUGGAGAUCAACCACCGCCAAGGCAGCAGGAGAGAAGUGAUCACCAAGCUGUAGGCUACCCUGAGCUCUGGGUAGUUUCGAAAUAUAUUUGAGCCUGGAGUACUAGUGAAUGUGAGACGCGCAUCGACGAGCCCUACUAAUAGGUGCGUAUCAUAGCUACUGUUUGGUUUCGAGCACUGUCCAGAGA